UAGAUGUUUUGUUUCGUGAAUUGUGUUGUUUCCAUAAAAAUGCCACAGUAGUCCUCUAGAAUAUAGUUAUAAAUAAAACAAAUGAGAGAGUAUAAUUUCAAAUACAUUGUAGUUUAAACAGUUUAUUACUAAAGAAUUCAAAGAGCUGUCAUUUAGUGUGAUCAGGUGUGUUAGAAUGAGCAUCAGAGCUUUGUGGCUUAUUAGCCACGAAAAUGGAGAAGCAGCAACAGUAAGAUUUUCAAGACGAUAUCCUACAGUUGAAAAACGAGCCAGAUCCUUCAACAAAGAGUGCUAUGUAGCAGUACCAGAAGAUGGUCCCUUCCUUCAGGCUUUACUUGCUGAACUUGAAAUGACUGAUGCUGAAAAGAACUUUCUUGAAUAUAGAGACAGUUGUUCUCGAAUCAAUAAAACGUCAGUAUAUGAACUUCUUCUUGAAGGUGGGACACUGUGGCCAGUCCUUGCCAUUCAGCACAGUGGACUGAUAUUUGCGUGCCUUUCUUUAGUAGAACAACAACUGAAACCUCAUCCUCCACUUAUUAGCAUUCGUGGAAUCUCACAUGCAUUUGCACUUUUAUCUGGACUUAUCACAUUUUUGAUCUCUGGUCAAAAAAAUGAAACCGAAUUGUCUACCAAGUGUACUCAGAUUCCUGCAUUUUUGGCUCAAGCUUGCCCAUUUGGCACCCCUACAGAUACAAACUUUGGAUAUGUAAAUAUUGUCUCAAGUUCAAUAAUGCAGACUAUGGGCUCAUCUAGCCCCAUCCAGAAACCGCCAGCAUGGAAGCCUGUUGGUUACAAAGGCAAACCUCAGGUCUUCGUUGGUGUUACAGAACAGGUUAAAUCCAUGCAGUAUGACCAGCAAGGUCUCAUAGAUAUGUGGCAAGUUUAUGGAACAGUCUCUUGUAAGUGUGAUUUGGAAGGAAUUCUGCCAACUGUGACUAUCAACCUGAACUUGCCUCCCAAUGGUUCACCCCUUCAGGAUAUCCUGGUUCACCCGUGUGUGACCUCUGUAGAUUCCAGCAUCAUUACUUCAAGCAGUGUUGAUGAAGCAAGUGAUUCUGCCUUCACGGGGCCUUACAAAUUUCCAUUCUCACCCCCUUUAGAUUUGUUCCACCUUUGCUACUAUACUUCUCAGGUACCUGUACCGCCAAUUCUGGGGUUUUAUCAGCUCAAAGAUGAAGAAUCACAAGUAAAGCUGGUAGUCAACCUGAAACUUCAUGAAAGUAUCAAGAAUGGUUUUGAGUUUUGUGAUGCUCACAUACCACUUUUUAACAGGGGACAGAUUGCAAAUGUGGAAUACAAGGUUUCUACUGGUCAUCUGGAAGUAUUGAAAGAAAAAAGUUUAUUGUUUUGGCACAUAGGUCAGAAGUUCCCUAAGACCUUAGAAGUUUCUUUGUCUGGAACAGUCACGUUUGGAGUGGAGUCAGCAAACCAUGUACAGCCCCCAACUGACCCACUCUGCACUGGACUCACUACAUAUAUUAAACUGCACUUUAGAAUUCCAGAUUUCACUUUAACAGGAUGCUAUGUAGACCAACAUGCAGUGCAAGUCUAUUCAUCAGCAAAACCCAAAAUAACUACGUCACAUGACCUUGUCUCUUCGGAAUACUACAUCUGGAACUCUAAGGGGGAAGCCCCUGCUGUCUGCAGAUCACUAACCCUGCAACCAUCUUGAAAGGCUUUGAGUACUGUCUUCAUAUUUCAGUUUUUAAUGCUUUCAGGUCACAGUUAAAUAUUUUCCACUGACAAGCAGGCAUUGCUUGAAGUUAAGAAAUACUCCUUGGUAAAUCUUCAUUAGCUGGAGCCUCAAAUGUUCCUUCCAAUAAAUGAGAAAGAAUCAGAGCCAAAAAGGUUCCUGCUGAUAGGUGGAUGUUUUGACAGUGAUCUGUUUUCCCAGCAAGUACACAUAUAUUUGUCUGUAUUCCAUAAACUAAUAUAACCCACUUUUUCAAUCAUUUAUAUUUGUUAAAUAAGAUGUUCAGCGUUCACCUGAUCUUUGGUCCUCACAGAUUAAUUUUCUAGCUAUGAACCAGCUUCUACUAAGUCAACUGCCUUACAACUACUGUACAGCAUUAGGCCAUUUGUAAAAAAUCAGUUUUAGAGAAUUAUGCAAGCAGAGAAAGAAGUUUUGUAUUCUGAUCUUUAAAAAUUCAUGUUACCUUGAAUGAUUCUGUCAAGUCCUUUGAUUUAAAAAAAAAUGUGCAUGCUUUUGGAAAUUUGUUAAGUUUUUGUACUUAAAAUGCUUGUUUAAUUCUAACAUAGCCAAAUUAAAUGUUAAUAUACUAUCUGCACUCUUGUUUCACAUUAUGUGUCUGGAUAAUAAAGACCAAAGAGCGA